CAAGGACUUACCGAGGCACCUUUAGGGAAGUGUUCCAUUUUUAUAUAAAUUCAUGUUUUGGUAGUCGCGAAUGAAUCCGAAAAACUGGGACCCUUCGGUGGCUUUGAAGGAGCGUUAAUAGGGACAACUGAGUGAUGGACAGCUGACUGCAUAGAUCACACCUGUACCUGUUGAGAAGUGCACACCUGUCCUCUCCUUGCUAGCUGCAAUGACAGCGGCUGAGAAGUCUAAAGAGAAGAGGCUCAGCAUCAUGACCCUGAAAGUAUUGGCGAUGGUGACAGUGGUUUCUAUGCUGUGUAUAUAUGGAGUGCGUGAUGUUGCUUUGGCAGCCAUGAGCCCAACCACCGCUUCCCAGGCGCAAGACAUCUACAGGGCUGAGAACAAAGGCAGAGAGGAAGCAACGCAGGGACAGAAAUUUGUAGAGCAGCCAGAAUCUUUCAAAGGCUCUGUCUUGGAGCCUUCAACCUGUGGCAUCCCUCCGGACAGCCGCUUUGAUUGUGCCCCAGAAAAGCUCAUCUCUCAAGAAGAAUGUCAGGCUCGGGGCUGCUGCUACGUCCCUGUUUCUUUCCUGGAUUCUGCCAUUGGGAGGCCGUGGUGCUUUUUCCCUCCCAACUAUCCCAGUUACAAGAUGAAAAACCUGACUGCUACUGAAACCGGCUAUGCCGCCCACUUGACCCGGGAUACACCCACUUUCUUCCCAGAUGACAUCAUGAAGUUGCAACUGGACGUGAUGUUUGAGACGGAGGGUAGGCUUCACUUCAGGCUUAAAGAUCCAGCCAACAAACGCUUUGAAGUUCCUUUGGAAACCCCCCAAGCGAGCAGCCAGGCAUCCUCAACUCUCUACUCUGUUAGUUUCUCUGCGGAUCCCUUUGGCCUUAUUGUCGUCCGGAAAUCCAGUGGGCAAACACUGCUCAAUACCACAGUGGCACCCUUAUUCUAUGCUGAUCAGUUCCUACAGAUCUCUUCCUCCCUACCAUCAGGCUUCAUCUCUGGACUGGGUGAGCAUUUGACCUCGCUCCUCCUCAACGUCAGUUGGACCAAGGUCACCCUCUGGAAUCGGGACAUAGCACCUGUGCCUUCUGCCAAUUUGUAUGGCUCACACCCUUUCUACCUGGCAUUGGAAGAGGGAGGCUUGGCCCAUGGAGUCUUUUUGCUGAACAGCAAUGCCAUGGAUGUGAUUCUGCAGCCCAGUCCAGCCGUAACGUGGAGAACAAUUGGGGGGAUCCUGGAUUUCUAUAUCUUCCUUGGCCCAGAUCCAAAGAGUGUGCUGCGCCAAUAUAUGGAUGUCAUUGGGUACCCCUUCAUGCCCCCAUAUUGGGCUCUGGGAUUCCAUCUCUGUCGCUGGGGAUAUGUCUCCACGGCCGUUACCCAGGAAGUGGUAAAGAACAUGACAGCAGCACAGUUUCCCCUGGAUGUGCAGUGGAACGACCUGGAUUAUACUGACGCGAAGAGAGAUUUUACCUUCAAUAAGGACAAGUUCAAAGAUAUGCCAAAUAUGGUGCGCGAUUUCCACCACGAUGGUCGGAGGUAUGUCAUGAUUGUGGAUCCAGGUAUCAGCAGCUCCAGCCCGUCUGGCAGUUACAAACCUUAUGAUGAGGGCCUGAAACAAAAUGUCUUCAUCUUAAAUGCAACAGGGCAGCCUCUGAUUGGGAAGGUUUGGCCAGGUUUCACUGCCUUCCCUGACUUCACCAACCCACGGGCUCAGCAGUGGUGGCAUGACAUGGUGAAGGACUUCCAUGACCAAGUGCCCUUCGACGGCAUGUGGAUUGACAUGAAUGAGCCGUCCAAUUUUGUGGAAGGUUCCUUGGAGGGUUGUCCCAACAACAAACUUGAAAACCCCCCUUAUGUGCCAGGUGUUCUGGGAGGGUCCCUGAAGACACACACUCUCUGUGCUUCCAGUAAGCAAUACUUGUCCUCCCAUUAUGACCUACACAAUCUGUACGGGCUGAUGGAGGCCAUAGCUUCACAUGAUGCUUUAGUGAAAGUACGAGGGAAGCGCCCAUUUGUGAUUUCCCGUUCCACCUUUGCCAGCCAUGGUCGCUAUGCUGGCCACUGGACUGGAGAUGUUGCAAGCACCUGGGAACAUUUAUACUACAGCAUCCCAGCGGUGCUACUGUUUAAUCUCUAUGGCGUACCAUUGGUUGGAGCUGACAUUUGUGGCUUUGCGGGUAACACUUCAGAAGAGCUGUGUGUGCGCUGGACACAACUAGGUGCUUUCUAUCCCUUCAUGCGAAACCACAAUGACCAUAAAAACAGGCCCCAGGAGCCGUACGCCUUCAGUGAAGCAGCCCAGAGGGCCAUGAGGAGAGCCCUUCUCCUGCGCUACUCCCUGCUUCCCUACCUCUACACGCUCUUCCACAAGGCCCACUCUGCAGGAGACACGGUUGCCCGCCCGCUCUAUCUGGAGUUCCCAGAAGACCCCAAUACGUGGAACAUCGACCGGCAGUUUAUGUGGGGAGCAGCACUCCUCAUCACCCCUGUAUUGGAGGCAGGGAAGGCCAAAGUCAGUGGCUACUUUCCUUUGGGCACGUGGUAUAACCCUCUGGAUGGAUCCACCAUUCACAGCAAGGGGCAGUGGAUUCUCUUAUCAGCUCCACUUGACACAAUCAAUGUGCACAUACGGGCAGGAUACGUCGUGCCAUUGCAGGAGCCUGCCUUAACAACCACAGAGUCCCGCACAAAGGGGAUGACCCUGGGCGUGGCUUUGACGUCAGAAGGGGUGGCUAGAGGUGACCUGUUCUGGGAUGAUGGUGAAGGACUGCUGACUUUUGAUAAGGGCGACUAUACACAGAUCCUCUUUCUGGCAAGAAACGGCAUGCUGGUCAAUGAGAUGGUGAAGCUGAAUAGCCAAGUUGAUGGGCUGCUGCUGCAGAAAGUGAUGGUAAUGGGUGUCCCCAGCCCUCCUCGUUACGUCUUGGCAAACGGCAUCCCCGUUGCAGACUUCUCUUACCGCUUAGACACCAAGCUCCUUAACAUCUCCCUUUCUCUGCUGAUGGGGGAGCGAUUUGUCAUCACCUGGUCCUGAGCCGAGAAGGAAAGCUCAUCGAUUUUGCAGAACCACAACGAGAAAUGGAAAAACUAGUGAUAAAUGCACAAUGUUAUCUUUGCACAACACUGGGGUUGUCUUGAUGAUUUAUCUGAGGACGCUUCCUCUAGAAGCAGGACCGUUUCUCCUGGAGAAAGAGCCCGAAGUUUCAUUUAAGCAAGAUGCUUGACCGCUCCGGGUCUGAAUACGACUGAGCUGUUCUACCACGACACCAUUUUCUUGUGCCGCUCUUGUAAUGUUCAUACUUUUCUGGGAGACAAAAAUCCCGGAAAAGGAAGAUGGGUGCUGUUCUGGUGUAGUGGGGGGGGGGGAAGAACCAGGUGCAAGGUGAAUAGAUUUAUUAAAAUUUUGUAGACCCCUAUGUGUUUCAUACAAAAGCUUCAUCAGGGGAUCUUCUAGGCGAUAUUUUAAGUGUCACCUUGAACAAUGCUGUGUGACCAGGGCUCCCUUAAUGGUAUUCCCAGAUCUAGGAUUAAGUAGAAAGUGCAGAAGCAGAAGGCCGUCCUGUUGAUGUGUGCCAUAUUUGUUAUCAUGUUCCGUUUCUCUUGGAAUCAAGGGCCGGUCUCCUGUUGGCUACAUCGAUCAUGGAUUGAGCUCUGAAGCAUUAAGGGAAAUGGAAGGGGUGCUGCGUUGGAGUAGGAGUAGAAGUCCCCACGGAAGAACUACAAUAUUUCAAAACAAUCAAAUCAUGCAUUUCACAGCAAUGGUUUUUUUUCCUUUUAAAGUUCAGUGCAGCCUCGGGAUGGGAUGGGGAACAGUUAAAAGCAUGCUGCUGAUUCAGUUAAUGCCAAAUAUUCCUAUUUUCAGGAAGGGGCUUCCUGCGUAGAAGCAGGUUGUCUGCUGCAAAAGCAGUUCUUACCAAGAAGAAAAAGACCCACCCCUGUUGAGGCAAGGUGGAAAGAGACCGUUGCAGCAGUAACUUGGCGGGGGGGGGGUGUGUCUUUAUUUUUUAAAUGUGCGGUGUAUUCUCAGUACUGAUCAGAAGUGGCGUGAUUUUCCAAUAAAGAGUUUUCCUGAA